UACGAGCGCGGCGGCACCGGCGGCAGCAGUGGCGGCAUAGGCGGGAGGCGGAGAGCUCAGCGGGGCCGCCUAAGUGAAGCCUGAGCCGCCGCCGCCGCGAUGCUGGAGGAGCCGGACGUCGCGACGCCACGAGCCACUGCUAUGGAUUGCAAAGACAGACCGGGGUUCCCAUUGAAGAGGUUGAUACAAGCCCGCCUGCCCUUCAAACCCCUGAACCUUGUUCCCAAGGAGAAAGCCGAGGACACAUCACCAAAAGUGUCUGUGGAAGAUAAAGUUCCGGAAUUACAAUUGUCCUUGGACACUUUGGAAAACCGCUGUCACACAGGUUCUCAUGUAGGCUUGAGUCCGAAGCUGGUCAGUGGCCGAGGCCCCAUUGAUAGCUUCUUGAGGGCCACAAUAAAGCCAGGGCCGAGUGUGGUCAUCAUCGACCUGACUGAGAACUCCAGUGACAUUCCAGACAACCCUGAGGGCCCCAGGGAACCAAGUCCUGAUGCCCCAGCAGAAGGAGCCGACCAGCAGCAGGGACCCUCCACAGUGGAACAGUGUCUCCCAGAGACCCCUGCAGACAUUCCUUGCCUUGUGGAGGAGGAGCCUGGGAGCCCAGGAGGCCCAGAGAGGACGGGUGACUGUCAGGCUGGCUUAUUACAGAGCUGUCCUGAGCUGACCACGGGUUCUAGGACAUCCCCCAUAAAGGAGCCAUCAGGCUGGAGCAAGGCAGGGGGUCUCCUUUUUAUAGAAAAGGUGCCCAUGGUGGUACUUGAGGACAUUCUGGCCACUAAGCCUCUCCACACCUCUCUUCCCACGAUGACCCUGGACAGGAGUGUCACUUCAGAGAGUGAGGUGCUGGAGUCCUGCCCUGAGGAUGACUCCACACUGAGCCACUCCCCCACCAGCUCUUCUCCAACCAGCUCUCCUGAGGGACCAUCUGAACCCCCAGCACAGCUCAGUAGGACCAGCCCCCCCUCCACACCCAUCUGCAGAGAUGACAAGAAACUCGUCAGAGGCUCCAUGGAGAAGGGCAGGAGCAAGUUGCACAGAGACAGAGAACAGCAGAGGGAGGAGAAGGAGAAGCUAAGAGAAGAGACACGGCGAGCCAAGGAAGAGGCUCGGAGGAGGAAGGAGGAGGAGAAGGAGCUGAAGGAGAAGGAGCGGAGGGAGAAGCGGGAGAAGGAUGAGAAGGAGAAGGCAGAGAAGCAGCGGCUCAAGGAGGAACGACGCAAGGAGCGGCAGGAGGCCCUGGAGGCUAAACUGGAGGAGAAGAGGAAGAAAGAGGAGGAGAAGAGGUUACGAGAAGAAGAGAAGCGCAUUAAGGCAGAGAAGGCAGAGAUCACUAGGUUCUUCCAGAAGCCAAAGACUCCGCAGGCCCCCAAGACCCUGGCCGGCUCCUGUGGUAAGUUUGCACCCUUUGAAAUCAAAGAACACAUGGUGCUGGCUCCGCGGUGCCGGGCUGCCUUGGACCAGGACCUGUGCGAUCGUCUAGACCAACUCCUACAGCAGCAGACUGGGAACAGCUCCUUCCUCAGCGACCUGAAAGAUCGGCUGCCCCUGAAGUCGGGACCCACCCAGGUCUGCAGCCGCAGCACCAACAUAAUGGACAGGGACGUGGUCAUUGUGGAGAACAAGGUGGACGGUGUACCUGAAAGGAGGAAGUUUGGCCGCAUGAAGCUCCUGCAGUUCUCAGAGAACCACCGGCCAGCAUACUGGGGGACAUGGAACAAGAAGACGGCAGUUAUCCGCCCCCGUGACCCCUGGGCCCAGGACAAGAACCUUCUUGACUAUGAGGUGGACAGUGACGAUGAAUGGGAAGAGGAGGAACCUGGGGAGUCUUUGUCCCACAGCGAGGGGGACGAGGAUGAUGACAUGGGGGAAGAUGAAGAUGAGGACGACGGCUUCUUUGUGCCCCAUGGGUACCUGUCUGAGGAUGAAGGUGUGACUGAGGAGUGUGCAGACCCCGAGAACCACAAAGUGCGCCAGAAGCUGAAGGCCAAGGAGUGGGAUGAGCUCCUAGCCAAGGGCAAGCGUUUCCGCGUACUGCAGCCUGUACAGGUGGGAUGCGUGUGGGCAGCUGAGGCAGCCAACUGCGCAGGCUCUGACUUGAAGCUGCUGCAGCAGUUCACCGCAUGCCUGCUGGAUGCAGCACCCCCUGAAGAGCCAGAGCCAAAGGCCUCCAGGCGGGAGAAGAGGGACCAGCAUAUCCUGGCCCAGCUGCUUCCACUGCUGCAUGGCAAUGUGAACGGGAGCAAGGUCAUCAUCCGCGAAUUCCAAGAGCGAUGCCGCCGUGGCCUGCUGAGCCCCCCAAGCCCCACUCCACACCCACAUGUACCCAACCCGGAGGAUGCUAUGGUCGUGCCAUCCAAGGCCAGGCUGAAGCGCCUCAUCUCUGAGAACUCUGCCUAUGAGAAGCGGCCCGACUUUCGUAUGUGCUGGUAUGUGCACCCACAGGUGCUCAGGAGCUUCGGCCAGGAAUGCCUGCCUGUGCCCUGCCAGUGGACCUACGUGACCGCCAUGCCCUCAACACCUAGGGAAGACACUGGCAACACUUCCGAGGGGCCUGACCAGGGCACAUCCAUGCCAAUCAAGCGGAAGCCAACAGCCACCAUGUGCAUUACGCAGUUCAUGAAGAAAAGGCGGUAUGAUGGACAGGUUGGCUCUGGGGACAUGGAUGGCUUCCAGGCAGACACAGAAGAGGAUGAGGACGACGACACAGACUGUAUGAUCGUGGAUGUGCCAGAUGUUGCGGGUGACGUGUCAGAAGCUCCUGUGCCUGCGCCCACGCUUUGCAAAUGAUGGGUGUCAAGUUGAAAGACCCAGGGACUCCUGGAUAAAAGCAACCUGUGCUGCAGGGAGUGGAGUGUAAGCCAUGACCUGGG